AUGCAGCUUAAACCUGCAGUGAGAAAGCAAUCCAUGUGGUUUAGAGAUGAGUUCAGAUUGUUGCAAGAUUCACUUUUAAAAGUUGAAUCAGCAGAAGAGAGUGAAGAAAAAUUAGCAUGGGUAGAAGAAUUUUGGGAUGUCUGCCGCUCAGCUGAGAAUGCUAUCGGCCUUUUCACGGACAAGCAACAUCUGAAGAAAGGUUCUCAACAUUUCAAAAGCUUGCUCUGGACUCCCCAUAAAUUCAUGUCGCAACGUAAGUUUAUCCAGCAGCUGGAUCGACUAAAAUCUAAGGUUGCUGAUCUUUCUGCUAAUGUAUUGGGUGUUGUAAGUAAAGUUAUAAAAAUUGAACAGGGAACUUAUGUUUUCAAUCGAAAAACUUGGAAGAGAGACAGCAAAAGAUUUCUACCACCAAAUGCUCUUCAGGCUAUGCAAGUUGACUUCGACGAGGAUGUAAAUGUGCUAGAUGAAGAUAUAGAACCAAGUUCUGAAUCAUCUUCUGAUACCACUACUGUUGCUCCUGUUGAUCAAGCUGAAGGUGGCGUUGAUGAGGAAGGUGUGGAUCCAAAUGCAGGGGCAAGUGCUGCACAAGUUGGCUUUGAUGAGGAUGCAGAUGCAAUUACCGCACAGCUGUUAAAACCAGAUCUUCGCUGCCUCACUGUCUCAAUAGUUGGUAUUAAAGGAAUUGGAAAAAAAAGUCUUGCAAGACUAAUUUUUCACAGUCGGGCUAUUGUACAUCAUUUCCCUCAUCGUAUUUGGAUGUCUUAUGAAGACAUGAUAGGAUUUAUGAAUCAAUAUUACGAUUCAUAUAUCCGACAAUACACAUCUUUGAACAUUCAGAAAAAUCGUGCUGCAGAAGAAGAGAUUACGGGUGCUAAUGUUCCAUGUGGGAAUAAUAUUAUGGCACAGAUGGUUGAUUCUUUAUUUGGGAGUAAUAAGUCUCUCAUUGUCCUUGAUGGUUCAAAUGCAAGUAGCUUCUGGCAAAGAAUCAAGAGAGAAGUCCGAGAUAAAUCAAAUGGCAGUAGAAUAAUUUUGACACUCAACCACCUAUCAGAAGCUCCAACGGUCACUGAAACUGAUUUCACUUACAGACUCCAUCUUCGGAGUGAAGAAGAGAGCUGGGAUUUGUUCACAGAUGUUGUAAAGGUAAAUAUCCCUACAGAGCUAGAAGUGAAUUUAAAGAAAGUCAUUUUAAGAAAAUGUGGAGGAUUGCCAAAGUUGAUCAUCAAAUUGGGUCAACUAUUGUCACGAACAGUUGCAACUCCUGAUGAGUGGUUGAGGCUGCUCAACGGCAUGAACCAAGACGAAGAUCCCUGGUUGGAAAUUAUAACAGAAAUCAACAAGACUUUGCCUUUGCAUUUGAGGAGAUGCCUUUUCUACUUUGGAUUGUUUCCGGCGGACUAUAAGGUCCCUGCAAGAAUAUUGGUUGCUUUGUGGACUGCAGAGGGUUUAGGACGGCAACCAGAUGAUGAAAAUUCAUUUGAACUUACUGCAGAGGCGUGCUUGAGAGAGUUGAUCAAUUGCAAUAUGGUUCAAGUAACAAAGAAGAAACUUGGAGGGAAGGUUAAAACAUGUUGCCUACCCGAGGCGCUGCGAGUACACUGGUUCUCAAAAGCCCAAAAAGCUACUUUUCUACAUAAUCACUUAGAGAGUAGUAAUACUACUAGCAGCCUCAGCUUUCCUGCAGCGCGACGUCUUGCUGAUCAUCUUAAUCCAAAUGAUGCCAUCUUUGAUCAUAUCCAUGGUAACAGCACUUCUAUAUUCCCUUGCUAUAAAAAUGCUGUCUCAUUUUUGUCCUUUGACACUCGAGAAGGAAGCAGAGCUGGCGAAGAUAUGGAGAACUUUCUUGAUCGUUGCAUCUCGAGUGGUAGCUUCCUCUUUUUGUGGGUUUUGGAUCUUGAAAAUGUGUACAGGCCAAAACUGCCAAAGUUAGUUGGUAAACUCACUCGGUUGAAGUACCUCGGUCUGAGGUCAACUUACCUGGAGAUACUUCCUAUAUUCAUCGACAAAUUGUUGAACCUGCAAACGCUAGAUUUGAAGCGAACUUGCAUAAGUAAUCUCCCUAGUUCAAUCUGGAAGAUGCAAAAGCUAAGACAUUUGUUCCUGGAUGACAAUUUUCGCAGCAUGUUUGUUCCUCAACAUGAAGAUGACAUCACCCUUCAGGAUCUUCAAACACUUCGAGGCGUACUUAUAGAUGAGAAUAGUCCAGUGAGAGAUGGUAUGGAUACAUUGUUAAGUAUACGAAAGCUGGGUGUGAAGUCCAAAAUUUCAGUGCCAUCUCAAAAGGAUGCAAUGACCUCACAACUAAAAGCUGUGGCUAAUUGGGUUAUGAAUCUGAAAUGCCUUCAGUCUUUGAGAUUGAAAUCAUACGACGAAACCGGUCAGCCUUGGGAUAUUCACUUAGGGUCUUUAUUAGACCACACUGAUCUCUCUGAUGUAUACUUGGUCGGAAAAUUACAGAAUCAACAGUUGUUGUCCAAGUUUCCGAUAAACCUAAUAGAACUUACGUUGUCAGGAUCUGAACUAGCAGAGGAUGAUCCAAUGCAAAUACUAGACAAGCUUCCCAACCUGAGAAUUCUGAGAUUAUUAGCGAGAUCGUUUGUCGGAAAGAAAAUGAUGUGCAGUUAUGGAGGAUUUCCGAAGCUUGAAAUCCUAAACCUCUGGGAGCUGAACUUUCUGGAGGAUUGGAUUGUGGAGGAAGGAGCAUUGAGCAGUUUAAAAGAGUUGGAGAUGAGACAUUGUGUGAAUUUGAGAAGUCUUCCCGAUGGACUGCAGCUUGUUACGAGCCUUCGUGAAGUAAAAUUAAGCAAAAUGAUGGAGCUGUCAACGAGGCUUGAAGAUAGAAUUGGUGAGGAUUGGACUAGAAUAUCUCAUGUGCGGAAUGUCUGCAUACAAAAUUGAUCAAACAUGUAAUAUAUAAGCUUUUACUUUUUUUUCCCCUGAUGAAAUGCUUGUUUGCUAUUGUAUUUGGUGAUUUUGUUGUUGCUGCUGUUGUAAUUUUCAAUAUAAUUUUCUUUUAGGUAUUCUUUCAAUAAAGAAAACUGCAAUUUUGAAGC